AUGUUGUCGUGUUUUUCCAUACGUUUGUCACUAAGAUUUCUGUUGUUAUUUUUGAUCCUGAUUAUAAUCUCCAAAGCUCAGAAUCAAAAUGAAACCAAGAACAGUACAAGGUAUAAAGAACAGACGUCAGAUUUGGAAGAUUUCAAGCGUUUUAUUCUUGGCCCCGAGUACUCCAGUGACCUAGCAAGGCCAAUCACAGUGUUUUUCAUGGUCCUCGUUGCCAUGGUAUCGAUCAUUAGUAACUCACUUAUCAUCCACGUGAUCAGAAUAAACCAGCACAUGCGCACUAUGACUAACUACUUCAUCCUCAACAUGGCGUUGGGAGAUUUAGUAUCUACAGCAAGCACCGCUCCACUAACCAUCAAAUACCUUUUCAAUGGAACGGAAUGGACUUCAGGAACGUUCGGAAUGAUAACUUGUAAGGUGGUCCAUUUUUUCACCUAUGUCGCAUUUUUCUGCUCGAUUUUCAGUUUGGUAGCGAUGACGUUCGACCGAUUCAUGGCGGUUAUCUGUCCCCUUAAAUACAAGUACUUUUCAUUGUGGACAAAAUUCCUUUUCCCAGUUGUGUGGAUAACUUCUUUGGCCUUGCCUGCUCAGUUUGCUAUCGUUAAAUUUGACAUCGAAAAUUAUUUUAACAAAACCUACUGCCUUGUUUCCUCAGAAAUGUUAGAUGAUUCCAUUAUCAUGAUAUCCAUUGGAAAUGUCCUCCCCAAUGUUGCCGUGAUUUCUCUUUAUUCUAUUAUUGCCUAUAAACUCUGGACAAGGCGAGUACCUGGUGACGAAAGCGGUGCGGCUCAAAGACAAGACGAAGCACAACAAACUGCCAAGAAGGUCACCCGUAGACUAAGAAACCACGAAACUGAUGCUAACUUUGAACAAGUGGGAUCGGGUAACCAUGACAAUGUCGUUAGCCUAGAACACGUGGUAUCGGGUAACCAUGACAAUGACAUUAACCUAGAACACGUGGUACUAGGUAACCAUGACAAUGAUGUUAGCCUAGAACACGUGGUGCCGGGUAACCAUGAAAAUGACGUUAGCCUAGAAUAA